UAUCUCCCCGAUUUCCCUCAUUUUUCUCUUUGCUUCUUCACUCGCCCUCUCUUUCUCUCUAAUUUUCUAGUAAACCAAAAACAAAACAAAACCCCAUUGUAUGACUCCCUCUAUCUUUCUAUUGCCCAUCCAAACAAUUCCAUUGGAAAAUAUAAGCUAUAUAUAUAUUGGUGUGUUUUUGGGAGCUAGAAUAUUGAAGUAAUUUGCGAAAUCUUUUAGCCUUUGUAGGGGAGAAAAUGGAAGGAGGGAUACAUACAAGCACUGAUACCUCAGCUUUCAAGGAAUGUCUCUCUCUAACAUGGGGAAACCCUUAUGUUCUUCGCCUUGCUUUCUCUGCUGGAAUUGGUGGCCUUCUCUUUGGCUACGACACUGGUGUGAUAUCUGGUGCUCUCCUUUACAUUAGAGAUGAUUUCAAGUCUGUGGAUAGAAAGACUGUUCUACAGGAGAGCAUAGUGAGCAUGGCAGUUGCUGGAGCCAUCAUUGGAGCUGCAGUUGGUGGGUGGAUGAAUGAUCGAUUUGGAAGGAGAAGAGUACUUCUCAUUGCUGAUUUCCUGUUUUUUGUUGGAGCUGUAAUCAUGGCCUCUGCUCCUGGUGCUGCACUUUUGAUUGUCGGCCGAAUUUUUGUUGGACUCGGUGUCGGAAUGGCGUCAAUGACUUCUCCUCUAUAUAUUUCAGAAGCAUCCCCGGCCAAAAUCCGUGGUGCCCUUGUUAGUACCAACGGAUUUCUUAUCACUGGUGGCCAGUUCCUGUCUUACCUUAUCAACUUGGCUUUUACCAAGGCACCAGGGACAUGGAGGUGGAUGGUUGGAGUUGCAGGGUUUCCAGCACUUUUGCAGUUCAUUCUAAUGUUACUUCUUCCAGAAUCACCCCGUUGGCUAUACCGCAAGGGAAGAGAAGAAGCAGCCAAAGUGAUAUUGAGGAAAAUUUACCCAGCUCAUGAAGUGGAACAAGAAAUUCAAGAUUUAAAGGAAUCCGUGGAGGCUGAAAUCAAGGAAGAAGGAUCUUCCGAAAAGAUGAACAUUAUUAAACUGUUGAAAACCAAAGCAGUGAGGCGAGGGCUCACUGCUGGCGUAGGACUCCAAGUUUUCCAACAAUUUGUUGGCAUAAACACAGUCAUGUAUUACAGUCCGACCAUAGUUCAGUUAGCUGGUUUUGCCUCUAACCGGACAGCUCUCCUCCUUUCCCUUCUCACUGCAGGCCUCAAUGCCUUUGGCUCCAUUGUCAGCAUUUACUUUAUUGACAGGACAGGGAGGAAGAAGCUGCUAAUAAUUAGUUUAACUGGAGUGGUGGUUUCACUUGGUGUUUUAUCAGGAGUUUUCCAUGAGACCACAACACAUUCUCCAAUGGUUAGCAGGGUUGAAACAUCUCACUUUUCAAACAUUACAUGUCCGGAUUAUAGUUCAGCUUUAAACUCCGGUGCUUGGGAUUGCAUGACGUGUUUGAAGGCUUCAUCUCCAGAUUGUGGUUUCUGUUCUUCACCAACAAACAAGUUGCUGCCAGGAGCUUGUCUGAUCUCAAAUGACACAGUGAAGGAUAUGUGCCAUAAAGAAACUAGGCUAUGGUACACAAGGGGAUGUCCAAGCAAAUAUGGAUGGCUCGCGCUGAUUGGUCUGGCUCUCUACAUCAUAUUCUUCUCACCUGGAAUGGGAAGUGUCCCAUGGAUAAUGAACUCUGAGAUUUAUCCACUCAGGUUCAGAGGAUUAUGUGGGGGAAUUGCUGCAACAGCUAACUGGAUCUCGAAUCUCAUAGUGGCUCAGUCCUUUCUAUCACUUAAAGAAGCAAUAGGAGCAUCUUGGACAUUCCUAAUAUUUGGGGUAAUCUCCGUGAUGGCUUUACUCUUUGUGAUCAUCUAUGUGCCAGAAACAAAGGGGCUACCUAUCGAGGAGAUUGAGAAGAUGUUGGAGGGUAGAGCUUUACACUACAAGUUCUGGGAGAAAGGUAACAAACCACAUGAGAAGAGCCAAGCCGCUUGAAUUUGGGCAUUGCAUCUUCAAUUAGUUUGAUAAUCAAAGCUGUUAUUUUUCUCUAUUUUCUCUCUACAGAACUGAUCUCAGUGUGAGAAAAUGCCCAUACAUGUUCCGUACGAAGCUUCUUCUUUAAGGCAUUUCUAAGUAUAAAGUAUUUUAUAGGGUAAAUAGCAGUACUUCAAGGGCAUGAAUUAACUGUCAACUGUAACUGCGAACUACUUUUCAAUAUCAUAAAUUUUUUUUUCUACAAAAA